GUCCGGCCGGCCGCCGAGUCCCUCCGCUUCCAGCCCUGGCUCCCCUCCCUCCUCGUUCCCCGCUCCGGUCCCUCGCUCCCCGCUCCACCGGGCCCGAUAGGCAGCGGGCGGGAGACUCUGAGCUACUCGGAGAGCUCUGCCAUCAGGGGCUUCCUCUUGGGGACCAGGGGCCCUGCCGGCCGGACCCCCACUCUCGGCGAGGGCCUCCAGAGACUUGCCAGCGAGGACACCGGCCUUCCGAUCGGGGCGACCAUCUCGGGAAUGACCGGGGCCCCAGGAGAUGUCGGCCUGGCUGGCGGCCUCCACUCCCGACGCCACUGCCGUCCCGGUCCUCUUCUCUCCACCCUCAGGCUGCGCUGGGGACUGGCUGCUGGGGCCCAAAUGGCCGUGGAAGGCUGAGGCCCAGGACGCCCGCUGCCUGGCUCGCGAAACCCUCGGGGAGGGCCCCGGCUCUUCCCUCCCUGACCCGGGCGGCUCGGCCGCGGGGCCGGAGGGGGAGGAAUCCGUCUCCCUGUUCCAGGUCUCGGAAGCUCCUCCGGAGCUCCCAGAGCUGCGGCCGCCCAAGCGCAAGAAGGGCCCGGCCCCCAAGAUGCUGGGCAACGAGCUGUGCAGCGUGUGUGGGGACAAGGCUUCCGGCUUCCACUACAACGUGCUGAGCUGCGAGGGCUGCAAGGGCUUCUUCCGCCGCAGUGUCAUCAAAGGUGCCCGCUACACGUGCCACAGCGGCGGGCACUGCCCCAUGGACACCUACAUGCGCCGCAAAUGCCAGGAGUGUCGUCUGCGCAAGUGUCGCCAGGCGGGCAUGAGAGAGCAGUGCGUGCUGUCUGAGGAGCAGAUCCGCCUGAAGAAACUGAAGCGGCAAGAGGAGGAGCAGGCCCAGGCGGCGCCGCCGCCCCCACAGGCCUCCUUGCCCGGCCCGGCCCUGCCUCAGCUCAGCCCCGAGCAGCUGGGAAUGAUUGAGAAGCUGGUGGCCGCUCAGCAGCUGUGUAACCGGCGCUCCUUCUCCGACCAGCUCCGCGUCACGCCCUGGCCCAUGGCCCCAGACCCCCAGAGCCGGGAGGCGAGGCAGCAGCGUUUUGCCCACUUCACGGAACUGGCGAUCGUCUCCGUGCAGGAGAUUGUGGACUUUGCUAAACAGCUGCCUGGCUUCCUGCAGCUCAGUCGGGAGGACCAGAUUGCGCUGCUCAAGACCUCGGCCAUCGAGGUGAUGCUCCUGGAGACAUCUCGGAGGUACAAUCCCGGCAGCGAGAGCAUCACCUUUCUCAAGGAUUUCAGUUACAACCGGGAUGACUUUGCCAAAGCAGGCCUGCAAGUGGAGUUCAUUAACCCAAUCUUCGAGUUCUCCCGGAGCAUGAAUGAACUACACCUCAAUGAUGCUGAGUUUGCUCUGCUCAUUGCCAUCAGCAUCUUUUCUGCAGAUCGUCCCAAUGUCCAGGACCAGCCCCAGGUAGAACAGUUGCAGCACACAUAUGUGGAAGCCCUUCAUGCUUACGUCUCUAUCCACCACCCCCAGGACCCGCUGAUGUUCCCCCGGAUGCUGAUGAAGCUGGUCAGCUUGCGGACCCUGAGCAGCGUCCACUCGGAGCAGGUGUUCGCCCUCCGCCUGCAGGACAAGAAGCUGCCUCCCCUGCUGUCUGAGAUCUGGGACGUGCACGACUGAACAGCCGAUGGUGCCGUUCGCCCCUUCCUCCUCCUCCCGCCCACUACCUCCUGCUCCCUGGGGCGUGGGACUAGCGGGGGGCCGCUGACCGGGGGCGAGGGAAUGUUCUAGAUUAGGACUGCGGUCCGCAAAGGGGAGGGCGGAUCGUCCUGUGAGGGAAACGUCCUAAUGGGGAAUUGAAAUAGCAGCAGCUCUGUUGAGGUUCCCGAUCGGCCCUAGCGCAAUCAUUCUGCACGGGGCUUGGUUUCUCGGGGUCUGGCCUAGCUGUGGUCAGCUAGCGGGCUGAGCCCUCCCACUUCCCCUUCCUGCCCUCCCCACCGAGCCUGCAGCUCCCUGCACCAACCCUGCACUUCAAGAACGUCUGCUUUGGCACCGGCUGAUUCAGUGACAACCACCCUGGCCAAGGCCCUAGUGUCAUAGCGGGAACGCUAAGCGUCCUGACGCCUCCAGGACAGGAAGCCAAAACCGAAUAUAACCUUGAGACGAAUAACUCUCAUUUCUUCUAUGGCGUGGAAGAAAAGAUGACUGGCCGUCUCCCUUUGGAGUUGGGGAUAAAGGAGGGAGAUGGAGGAGAAGUUUCUCCAGAGAUACAGGAGGAAGACAAAUCUAAAUUGCCUGGGCAGUAGAAUCCUGCAGGGGCUGAAAUUCAGGGAUCCGGCCCAAGAACAAGCCUGGCACCCAGCCAGCUGGGAGGGAGGGCGUGGGUGGUUGCCCUUGUACACUGCUGGCAUCGUCAAUCAAUCGACGGAAUUUACUGAG